GGGUGCCCAUUGACUGGCCAGUGAGGUCACAGAGCUCUGAGGUGUCCCUGGGGAAGGGAGCAAGACACUUUGAGGAUGAAUUUUGACCAGAAGGCUGUGAAAUUCCUGGCAAAUUUUUACAUCAAUGGAGGCAAACACUGGACCCAUGGCCCCCUGAGGCAGAAGACACUUGUGCCAUACCAGCCCAAGGCCUGUGUCUUGGUGCUGGGCCCCCCGCCAGGGGCCGCCUGGGAGGAGAUGUGGACCCCUGGAGGGCAGGAGUUCCCACCUGGCCUCGGGAUGCAGACGAGUCCCCCCCAGGAGCGUCCCCCGAUCUGCACCCAGAACCUGAAGGAGCUGUUACUGGAGCGGCGCCCACCCAUCGUGACCGACCUGCAGAUCCCCGGCCCCACCAAGUACCAGGCGCCCGAUGCUUCAAUACGCGAGUGCUCCCCACAUCCCCACUUCAGCAUCGGCCGCAAGCACUCCACCCGCGAGGGCGGUGGCCGCAGGGCGUGGCAGACAGCGUGGUUCCAGAGCGAAAGCCCCUUCACACAGAAAGCCGACUUUAACCGAGAGCAAAAGUGGCCAUCGCCCGCGGACUAUCAACCACUCAGCCGGCCUGCCUGCCCGGCCUUCAGCUUUGGGGGCCGCCGCCCCGCCUCCAAGACAGUUGAGGCCCGCUCCCGGCCGGGGCUGCUGCGGGCCGGGGGUGCGGGUUACCGUGCCCAGCCCCGGCUCCAGGCCCCUCCUCAGGCCCCGGGGGGCGAGAAGCGCCCAGGCCCCAACACCUACGACAUCUCUCCUGGGAGCCGGCUGCAGAGCCACCGCCCGCCCGCCUUCUCCAUGAGCCGUUCACCUGCGUUCGCCUCCUGGGUCAGCUCCUCCCACACUCCCGGCCCAGCUGCCUACCAUGUGGAGGAUUGCUAUAACUCGCGCUUCCCCUCAGCACCUGGGGUGGUCAUCCAGGGCGUGCGAAGACCCAAGCGCCAUGACACAGGACCCUUCUGCACGCUGUAGCCCCUGCUGGGCUCAGCCGGCCGGCCGGUUAUCCACGGAACCCUGGUCUCCCCGGGGGGGCCCCAGCUUGGCCUUCUGACUCUCUGGGCGCCUCUGAUGCCCCCUCCUGGCCGGCCAAUCCCUCUGUGAGCUGCGGACAGCAAGGAGGGCCCAGCCGGAAGCCCUCACCUGCCCACCCCCUUGCCACACAGAGAUGCUGUCGUUCUUUCCAGCUCUGUUGUGUCUUUCGUGAGCUGUCCCACGGAUGUGGCCUGCUGCUGACCUGCCACGUUUGGCUUUCCUCAGCCAGGGGUCUCCUUUUGCUUCCCCUUCAGUGCUCUCUUCUCUAGGGUGGGUGGGGUGGCGGCCUGGGACUUCCUGGCGGGGGACGGGGUGGGAGGGAGACCUGUGGGCGGUACAGAACACCCCCAUCUAGCUGUGCUACCCGGCAGACUGGUGCAGCUGCCAGCCCACCCAAAGCCUGCCCAGCCACCAGAGAGGACCCAGGGGACCAGCUUGCCAGGGCCUGGCUCUACAUCCUUCAGCUCCUGACCAAAGACCCUAUGAACUUGCCUGGGGCUGUGCAGGCCCCGCCACAGCCAACAGACUUCCUGGGCCCUCACUGGUCGGGGCCCCAUGCUUGCCCACGGCAGCAACCUGCCCCUCUACCCAGGGCUUGUCGCCAAGAGUGCCUCCCUCCGAGGGCCUCACUGCAGCUGGUGGUGACUGCACCAAUUCCUCCAGGGAUUCCCCCCUAUGCCACCCAAGUCCUGGGCCAGAGCCUGACCCCUUCAAAAAGGCACUGCAACAGCUGCUCCUGUGGUGUGGACAUCGCCCCAUUCUGCAGGGGGGCCAAGGCCCAGGGGGUCUGAAUGCGGCCCACCUGUGACCUCUUCUAGGGCUUGAGUGCCAGCACCCCUGGGAAUCGGAGCAGUGGGACUGCAGAUGGCCGUCCUAGGGCCCUGGGCUGACCAGCUCAGGCAGCAGGCAACAGAGACAGAGCUGUGAGCGCCCUGGUCUUGGGAACUUGGCUCAGGGGGCUCUGCUUGCUGCUGCACCACUGGCAACCCCUAGUGCUCAAAGUCAGAAGUGGGACUAGCGGGAAGGAUGGAGCAAUCCCCUGUAGCUGGGCUGAGGAGGGAGGGCUUCCUGGAGGAAGCAGUAGAGGAAUUGACUUUUAAAGAUGAUCAAGGGGCGCCUGGGUGGCUCAGUCGGUUGGGCGUCCGACUUCAUC